GUAAAACAGCCACCGGAUCUGAGAAACAACGGCAGAAAGCUGGCAAAACUAAACAUAUUAAAGGUGAACUUCUUCUUCUUCUUCCUUUUCGUGUUCACCGAGUGUAGUCGGCUGUCGGAAGCGGUGCAAAAUUUCGAUAUGGGUGUUUCUUUGAUAGUCUUCUUUCUCCUUCUUUUCAUAUAUUUCAGCACAGGAUCACAAGUUGUUACCGUCGAUGUUACUCAAGCAAAACACUUGCUUCAGUCCGGCCAUGUUUACUUUGAUGUCAGGACAGUGGAAGAGUUCCAGAAGGGACACGUGGAAGCAGAGAAGAUCAUUAAUAUCCCGUACAUGUUCAACACACCAGAAGGUAUGGUGAAGAAUCCUGAAUUCUUGAAGGAGGUUUCAGCUACUUUCAAGGAGGAAGAUCGUCUUGUAUUGGGCUGCAAAAGUGGGGUGAGAUCCCUUUCUGCAACGGCUGAGCUUCUUAAAAUUGGUUUUAAGGAUGUAAGAAACUUGGGAGGAGGUUAUCUUGCUUGGGUGGACAAUGGGUUUGGUACAAAAAUGGAGGAGCCUGCAAUGGUAGAAGAACAGAAACCAAAAGAAGAGCUGUGAGUGGCGUUGUCAUCUUGUUCAGGUGGCUGUAAUUCUAGUAAUCAAUAAUCCAGCAAGUAUUUUCCAACAGGGGAACUGGAAAUUUAUUAUUUUUAUCCUUU